GAUUUUAUCUUCUAAAUUAAUUAUGAAUUAAACUCUUUAGUAGCCAGAUCAAAUGGCUAUCAAAUGUUAUAUAAACAAAACAUCUUAAUAGUACUAAAAUACUAUUCUUAAUAAAAAUACUAAACCCGGUUGAACUCAAGUGGACCACAUUAAACCAUAAUCCAAGAGUUUAUCCGGUUUAGUUGCCGGUCCGGUUUUAAGAACAUUGCUGAAUACAUAUCAUCACUUAACUAUAAGUCCACCUACUUAAGAUUGAUUGGAUAUGUAUUUUGUUGAAAUAUCAAUCAAAAGUUCAGAAAGAUAAUGUAUAGUAAAAAUAUUUAAUUCUGAUUAAUAUGAGAUUUUUUUCUCUCUUGUUUCUAGCAACUUAGGUUGGUUAUCGUGUGAUCUGUUGAUGUCUUAAUGCUAUGGGGAAAAAAUUAAAUUUUAGAUCAGAUCUUUAUAUUUGUAGGUUCAAUUGACUACAGGUGGGUGUAAUGUUUUCCCACUUUCGUGGACUGAUCAUGGUUUAUUUGGGCUUCCUUAUUUGAGUGUGUAACUGCAGUUUAGUUUUACAUUCGGUCUAUAAGAAAUGUAUCUUCUACAUUUUAUAUAAAGCAACUUAACAAAUACGAAUUUCUUUUGUAUAUGUAUGCCUUUUUUCUUCUGUAUAAUUAUUAUUUUUAGUUAUACGAAUUAUAAUAAGUAGUUUAGUUUCAAUAGAACUAUUUUGGCUACUUUCCUAUAGAGACAAUAGUUCAUCGAUGAUAGAUAUAUAUACGCUUCUAUGUUAUCCAAUACAUCACACACUUUCAUAUUCAUGAGUAUACAUUUUUCAAAAGUAAACGUAAAACAUUGCAGAAUCAGGAAGCCAAAUAACUUUCGCUACGUGAAAAUCCGACUCCGUGACCUUUUUGAUGCCACGAACGGUCGAUGAAGAGGCAAUUUUGAGUUUUAAGUAAAAAGUAAUAUUCUAUAAGCAAGAAAAUUGGGGGUGUGUGAACUUAUCAGCGGUUGUCGCCAACCUCGUAUAUAAGCGUAUACGCAUUAUAUAUUAUAAAGUUUUAUGUAGUAGUUAAUUCUCAAAAAGGCUAUUCUUGUUGUAAAUAACGAAUAUAACUCCUAACCAUAGGUCCGCAUAGAAUGCCUUCCGUCUACACGGUUUAACAAUAGUUAUUUCAGAAAUAUGGUUUAAUAAACUGAAUGCCAGGGGAUGAGUAUCUAGUGGUUGUAUUAAAUGGAGAAGAUCCCAAAAUUUUAAAUAUUUGCGUUUUCCAAGCAUUUCAAAGCUCCGUAUAUUAAAACAACCCAUGGUCAAGUACAUCUGUACAUGUAAGAAAAUAAAAACUCGUUAUUAUAGUGGAACAGCUGUUUUUUCGAUAAUAAAAGAAUAAAUUACAGUAAAACAGAAGCAUCCAGUAAAAUGGAAUAGAGUCACUUAUAAAUGGCCGUUUCAGAAGGCUUGCACUAUGUCUGUGUACAUCAGUAGCUUCAACGCUCAUUUCACUUCCCCCCUCUCUCUCUCCCUCUCUCUCUAUUUUCUCCAGAAAUAAAGAUCCUCUCUGUCUCUACACUCCUUUGACAUUUACUUUAAACACUAGAUCAUAUCAGAUCCCACGCGCGUAUAUAGAAGGUUCGUGUAUAUUCAAGUAAGUAUUUCUUUUGACUCAUGUUUAUGUAUGGAUGCAUAAUCAUGUUAGUUAGCCCGAUAUUGUUUUCUUUGGUUAUGUGACUUAUGUUGUUUACUCUGCCUCCUCUGUUUCAGUUUGGUGCGAGUAGUGAUUAUGGAUCAAUCUGAGCUUCAUUUGCUUGUGUUUUUUUCUUAUUACCUAAUCUCUUCGUUUCAUAUUAAGUGUUGUUGUAGAAAAAAAUACAAAAUAAGUGUCAUUUUCGAUUUUUAAUGCAAAAUUAUUAAUUUUAUUUAACAAUUUAUUUAUCUAUUGGUUGAAAUAUGGUUAGAUAUAUAGAUAAUUGUGUUUUUAUAUAUGAAAUAUACAAAAUUAAUUGUUUUCUUAAUUUGUGUGCACAAACUCAAAAUGACACUUAAAUUGAAACAUAUGUAAUAUUAUUUUUAAAUCAAAUUGUGUGUUUCCAACUUUCUUGGAUCAUUAAUUAGGAUUAGUUUUCUUAAAACGUAUUUGUUGGAAUUUAUCUCUUCAUGAAUACAAGACAUUUUUUGGGUGCAUGAAUCAAAUGAUUCACAAAUAAACCAAUGACGAAAAUAAUGUUACUACAAUAGACAGGAAAAAUAUAAUGUCCUAAUUAAAUAAGAGGAAAUGUUUAGUUUGAUGAGUAAAUCUGUGAGCAAUUACAACAACUUGCAGUCUCACUCACAUUAGUGUUUGUAUCCCAAAAAAGGGUGUUUGUAUCCUCUGUUCAGAUUUAGAUGUCACGAGUCAACCUUUGGGAGUAACAAGAGUAGAGUAUACUCAGGUAGGUUAUCCAUGGCUCUAAAAUUGCCAAUUACUUCAUUCUUCAGGUUUGGUCAACAUGCCCUUUUAAGUAUUACAUCAACAAACUUCAUGGCUUGUGAGUGUGGGAUCAACGAUACGAGAAAACAAAAUAAAAUUCAAGUGGAGUUUAAAUGUUUAAUUCUAUUUGCUUCUAAAAUUAUAUGAUUCAUAAGUCAAUCUUAUAACACUCAAGAAUGUUACAAGUUACUAAUACGGAAUUUUUAGUGAAACUACAGAGCUGAAGACGAAUGGCAAGUGAUCAGUUACAAGUGUUGAAUGCACUUGAUGUAGCAAAGACGCAAUGGUACCAUUUUACAGCGAUUAUAAUUGCCGGAAUGGGAUUCUUCACCGACGCUUACGAUCUCUUUUGCAUCUCACUUGUCACCAAGCUCCUCGGCCGCAUUUACUACCACGUGGAAGGCUCUCCGAAGCCUGGCACUCUCCCUCCUAACGUUGCUGCUGCCGUUAACGGCGUUGCCUUCUGUGGGACCAUCGUAGGUCAGCUCUUUUUCGGGUGGCUUGGUGAUAAGCUCGGGAGGAAGAAAGUUUAUGGUAUGACGUUGAUGGUCAUGGUCACUUGCUCUGUAGCUUCCGGUCUCUCUUUCGGGCACGAGCCAAAAGCCGUGAUGUCCACGCUAUGUUUUUUUAGGUUUUGGCUUGGGUUUGGGAUCGGUGGUGACUAUCCUUUAUCCGCAACGAUCAUGGCUGAAUACGCUAACAAGAAGACUCGUGGAGCGUUUAUUGCUGCGGUUUUCGCCAUGCAAGGGUUUGGAAUCAUGGCUGGUGGCAUCUUUGCUAUAAUUAUUUCAUCUGUUUUUGAAGCUAAGUUCCCUGCGCCAGCCUAUGCGGAUGAUGCCUUGGGAUCCACGGUUUCUCAAGCAGAUUUUGUAUGGCGUAUAGUCUUGAUGGUUGGUGCUAUCCCUGCCGCAAUGACGUAUUACUCACGGUCCAAGAUGCCGGAAACCGCAAGAUACACAGCUUUGGUUGCUAAAGACGUAAAGCAAGCUGCUUCAGACAUGUCUAGGGUUCUGCAAGUGCAGAUAGAGACAGAACAGCAGGAAGUGGAGAGCAAAGAGUUUUCCUUGUUUUCCAAGGAAUUCAUGAGGCGCCACGGGCUUCAUUUGCUCGGCACUACAUCAACCUGGUUCCUCCUUGACAUUGCUUUCUUCAGUCAAAACCUCUUUCAGAAGGAUAUUUACAGCGCAAUCGGGUGGAUUCCUCCGGCUCAAACCAUGAACGCGAUUCAAGAAGUGUUCAAGAUCGCAUGUGCACAAACCAUCAUAGCCUUGUGUAGCGCGGUGCCUGGUUACUGGUUCACAGUUGCGUUCAUCGACGUUAUUGGAAGAUUCACGAUUCAGAUAAUGGGAUUCUUCUUCAUGAUGGUCUUUAUGUUUGCUCUGGCUAUACCUUACAAUCACUGGACUCACAAGGAGAACCGUAUCGGUUUUGUAAUCAUGUACUCGUUAACAUUCUUUUUCGCCAACUUUGGACCUAAUGCUACAACCUUCAUCGUACCGGCCGAAAUCUUCCCGGCCCGGUUUGGAUCCACAUGCCAUGGUAUCUCUGCAGCAUCAGGAAAAGUAGGUGCAAUAGUUGGUGCUUUUGGGUUCUUGUACUUGUCCCAAAGUCCUGACAAGGACAAGACAGAUGCAGGAUACCCUCCAGGGAUUGGGGUCAGGAACUCACUUAUUAUGUUAGGUGUGGUUAACUUCUUGGGUUUUCUCUUCACUUUCUUGGUGCCUGAAGCUAAGGGAAAGUCUCUUGAGGAAAUGUCCGGUGAAAAUGAAGACAACGACAACAAUAUUAGAACGGUCCCAAUAGUAUAGAUGGGCGCAACAUGAGGUGGAAGGUGGGGACUAUUACCAUCGGGAAAUAUCAGUUUUACGAUUCUCAGA